AGAAAUCGUCGAAAAAUGCUUGGAAAUGUCAUAAACUUCCGGUCGAACCUCAUUGUUUUUUAUUUAUUAGAAAAAGUCUGCCAAAUCCCCAAUCCUAGCUGUAGAUACCUUCCGGAUAGUGUUUAGAAGUGCUCCAGGGCGUCUGGGGAGUCAAAUGCACAAAGGAAUUUCGUGAAAUUAUGAGAGACUUCUACAAGCCCGACGAACCGGAGUACGUAGACAUUGACGACGACGAGAUUGAUAUUCUCGGGGAGAUCCAGGCUGAGAUUCACUUUGCUGAGGAAAUUGUCAAUGAGAUGGCGAGCGAAGCUGAGGAAGCAGAAUUGGACGUGACACUGGACACAGAUUCGGACUUUGAGCCAUCCAGCUGUGAGUCAGAGGAGGAAGUUGAGGAUGAUGCAGAAGCGGAAGGGGUCAAUGAGGAUGAAGAUAAUGAAGAGGAGACAGAGAAGAGUACCAGGAAUUCCAUGGAGGAAGACGCCGACGAGGAUUAUGCAAUAGUCCAGCGAAUAAUCACAGAAUUGAAGAUGCCUCGGAAUCAUCCAAAGGACAUUCAGACGGAGGAGUUUGUGACUGAUCUCUCCUUCCAUCCCAUUUCUGACCACCUGGCCGUGGCUCUGAUAACUGGCGAUGUUCUCCUGUACAAAUACUCCUUGGAGGAAAACACAAUCGUGGAGACAUACGAGGUUCACACAAAAGCCUGCCGGGAUGUGGAAUUUAGCGAAGAUGGAGAUGUUCUAUACUCGACGUCCAAAGACAAGAGCAUAAUGAUUACAGAUGUAAAGACAGGAAAGCUCCGGAGGUAUUACGAUGGAGCCCAUGAGACGGCUAUCUACUGUGUUAGGCCUAUCAAUGAGAAUCUCAUUGCAACAGGAGAUGACGAUGGACAUCUGAAAGUUUGGGAUCUCAGGACGCAAGAGAAGACUCCUUUGUUCUCACUUCACGAAGUCGAUGACUACAUUUCCAGUAUUCACUCCAAUGACUCAAAGAAGAUCCUCCUCAUGACCAGCGGAGAUGGAUAUCUCACUUCUAUCAAUCUCGGAGCCAGGAAGAUGUACGUGCAGUCGGAGCAGUACGAGGAAGAACUGACUUGUAUGGGUCUGUACAGGAAUGACUCGAAGUUGGUGGUGGGCACAUCCAAGGGACGCAUGUAUUCUUUCAAUUGGGGCGAAUUUGGCUAUCACUGUGAUGUGUUCAAUGGCCCAAAGACAGCCAUCAAUGCCAUGCUGCCAGUUACGCAGCGAAUGGGGGUACUUGGGUGUGAAGAUGGGCUCCUGCGGGCCGUCAAUACGGUGCCUGGGAGGAAUUUGGGUGUCGUGGGGCAGCACAGCAUGGCUGUGGAGACAAUGGACAUCAGCAAUACGGGAGAGUUUAUCGCAUCCAGUUCGCAUGACAAUGACAUUCGCUUCUGGAAUAUCAAGUACUUUGAGGACUUUGACGAUGAUAUGCCCACCAAGGAUGCCAAAUUCAAUCUGCCCUCGUCCAAGUACACAAAUGCACGGGAUUUCUUCUCCGGACUUGUUGAUUGAGUCUCUUGGAGAUGAUUUGGGCUGUUUUUUUCCUUCUAUUCGAUGUAGAGAUGGUGUUUAAAUUAAAGAUUUUAUGAGAUAUCCUAUAAA